AUGGCUGGCAACAUUCGUCUGCAGCGACGGCUGCAGCGCAAGGCGAAGGCGCGGCGGCAGCAGCUGAGCUACCGCACGAUUCGCUCCGCGUUCCUCGUCGCCGCGCUCUGCUCCGUCACGUACGCCUGGGUUAUCUUCCUCAAAGGCUCCCGACCAUACGUACUGGUGAUGGGGUCCGUCCACGUGCGACCAUGUGUUGAUGAGUUAAAUUCUAGCUCACCUUUUGAACCUACUCAAAUCACCCUUCUCUCCUCUCACUCCCCUCCCCCACUGCCCUUGACUAUGCCCCCGCAGUGGUGGUGGGGUCUGUCCACGGGCGACCAUCCAGAGCUCAUCAAGGCCCGCUUCGCCAGUAGAGCGCGUGAGCCAGCAACUCUGUGGGACAACCCCGUGAAGGGCAAGUGGCAGCAGUGCGUGCGACCCUCCCCUGCAUACGCUGAAGCGCCCCUGUACGAGUCAACGGGGUAUCUGCAGGUGUUCUUGGAUGGUGGCCUCAACCAACAGCGCAUCAGCAUCUGCAAUGCGGUGGCAGUGGCUCGUCUGCUCAACGCCACUCUGCUCAUCCCUCACUUUCAGAUCAACCCUGUGUGGCUCGACGACAGCCAGUUCGAGGACAUAUUCGAUGUAGAGCACUUCAUGCGCUACCUACAGCGCGAUGUGCUGAUAGUGAGGCAGCUGCCGCACAAGUACCGGUGGAGCACGCGGGAGUUCUACAGCACGGGCGUGCAUCAGAACCGCAUCAAGUUCGCGCCCAUGCACGCCUCCCCCGAGUGGUACCUCAAGAACGUGCUGCCGAAGCUGCAGCGCCAUGGAGUGGUGGCAAUAGCGCCCUUCACCCACCGCCUUGCCUUUGACGGGCUGCCUCCAGACGUGCAGCGCCUGCGCUGCCGUGUGAACUUCCAUGCGCUGCGAUUCGUGGAGCCCGUCCGCAGGCUCGGGAGGAUUCUGGUGGAGCGACUGAGAGACCCCAACAGGCGGCAUGUGAAGCGAGGGGUGCUGUUUGGGAAGGGAGGUGAUGUGUCGAGUUAUGGCGGCAAGGGGAAGGUGGGAGGGAUUGGGGAGGGAGCAGCGGAAGGAGAGAAAACAGCAGCAGCGAAAGAAGCAGAGGACGAAUCUGAGAAAGCGGCAGAGAUGGCAGCAGCGAAAGCAGCAGAGAUGGUGGAGCAGUUGCAGGAGGAGGCUCGUGGUGGUGCUGGUGCUGGUGCUGGUGCUGGGGUAGGAGACGGUCGAGAGAGGGCGGAGGUUGUGAGUGAAGGAAGAGAGGAGACGAAGGAAACGUUUAAAGAGGCAAUUGCAGGGGAAGGAGAGGGGAAGGGAGGGCGGGAGGGGGAGGAGGGUGUGGGUGGAGGCGAUGUGUCAGGUGCUGCUGGUGUGAGGGUGAUUGAAGAUGGAAAAGGCCUGUCUGGGAUAUCGACUCGUGCAGAUGGUGAUGGUGAUGGUGAUGGUGAUGCUGGUGGUGGUGGUGAUGCUGGUGGCUUGCAGCAAGGGAGCAAGGGUGGUAUCGAAGCAGUGGAGGAGGAUGAGGAAGGGGAAGAGGGGGAGGGGGAGGCGGAGGGGGGAGGCAAGAGGAGGUUGCUGCAGGAGAGUCGGGGAGGGGUGGGGGGUGGAGUAAGUGUGGCGAAGGGAGGAGGCGGAAAAGGAGGAGGAAGAAGAGGAGGUGGAGCAGGGGUGGGUAGGAUGGGCGAGGAGGAUUCGGAGGAGGGGAGUGAGGGCGCGUUUUGGAGUGAGGAUGGGUUGAUUGACGAGGCGGCAAGGGAGAGACGGGCGUUGCGUGCAGGGCGAGAGGAGCGAGUAGUGCCGCUGCGAGCAGGGAACGUCACUGCAGGGAGCACCACUGCUGGAAAUGGCAGUGCUGGGAAUGGGAGUGCGGGGAACAGCAGUGGAGUUGGGAAAGUGGAGGACAUGGUGGCGCACUCAGCAUGUGACUAUGGCGAGACGUGGGCGGAGCGAGAGGCUUUAUCAAAGUACCGCGAGUAUGCGUGGCUGGGGCGAGUGGACAAGCUGCGCUUCUCCUCCGAUGAGCUGCGCCUGGCGGGCAAGUGCCCCCUCACACCCGAGGAGGUGGGACUGGUGCUGGCUGCUCUCGGUUUCUCUGCCAAGACGAGACUAUAUGUGGCGACGUACCAGGUGUAUGGAGGGGAGAAGCGGAUUGCUCCCCUGCGCCGCCUGUUCCCGUGGCUGGAGGACAAGACGAGCCUGGCGACGGAGGAGGAGUUGAGGCCGUUCCUGGGGAAGGCGUCGCUGCUGGCAGCACUGGACUUCUAUGUCAGCCGCUACAGCGAUGUGUUCGUGUCCGCCUCCCUGGGCAACAUGCACAACGUGAUGGCUGCACACCGUGCGUACUUUGGCGGUUUAAAGACGAUCAACUUCAACGGUACACUCCUGGCAACGCUGCUUGCGGCCCCUCCAAACACCCUCAACUGGAACGAGUUCGUUCGCGCCGUGCGGAUCGGGCAUCGGUCGCGAAUGGGCAAGAUCAAGCCGAGGCGUGCCGGGCAAUCCAUCUACACCUAUCCUGCUCCCGAUUGCUUGUGCCCUAUUGACGUACCACCGUCGCAGCCCGCGACUCGCACCGUAACAAGAUACAAGAAGGCAGCUGAGGGUCGUCGCCGACUGAGACUACUGACGACACUGCAGUCGCUCUACUCCUUCCUGCGAGUCCUCAUAGCAGCCUCGCUCAUGGCCCGGCCGCUCAUCACAGCACGCCUGCACGGCAGCACGGGUGGGGGGCCACAGGCGCUGCAGAUAGACGUGAAGGAGUCGCUAGCAGCAGCACUGGGAGCAGCUGCUGCUCUCACAGGGAAUCUAGCAUCCGGCACGUCUCGCGCGCGAGUGCUCAAGCUGUACGCCACGCUCUCCCUCAUGGCCUGCGUUGCAGCGCUCUUGCCCCUCCUCACUGGCCCUCUUGUCUAUCCGGUAUGCUCUGUCUCUACCCUCUUGUUUAACUGGUACUCUAUGCCUCUACCCUCUUGUCUACCCGGUCCGCUCUGUCUCUGCCCUCUUGUUUAA